AUGAGUUUGAUCCCCAGUUCCCCCAAAUUCGCCGCUCUUCAGGAGGCUUAUGGCCUUACUCUGGCUGACGGAGUGGAGUUCCCAACUUCUGGAGUUGUGAUCACUUCGCCGCCACCUGGGAGUGUUCAAAUGUUGACCCCUAGUGCUGUCCACAAGAUAGUAGCUUUUGAAAUGAUAUGUCGGGCUAAUGGCAUCGUUCUUGACUACUUCGUCUUCAAUUUCUUUUUUCGGUUUGUUGCUACUAACAACAAGUACACUUUUUCUGCUCGUCGCGUGGUCAUUAUCUCGUCCUUGACAGCAAACCACCAAAGAAUUGGCAGGACAAGUGGUUAUAGUUCAACCAGGAACUGCUUGGUCGGGAAUGCCAUUGGGCAAAUGCUUUGUUAG